UAUGGUUCUCUUCUCUAUUAAAUUUCUCUCUCACAAUAUAUUGUAAUGUUUAUUAUAAAUGCGUGUCUCUCUCGUGAACCUCCAUAAAUACAAUCUUCUCCAUACUCUCUACUUCCUCUCUCUCUCUCUCUCUCUCUCUCUCUCAUCCUCUUUCAAUCAUCCACUAUCUUGUUAUUUGCUCGUAGAGCAAAGAGAGAGCUAGCUAUCUUGGGUUGUAUUUUUCAAGCUCCUAUUUGAUUUGAUGAUCAUGGGAAUUCAAAGGCCUGCAUGGUUGGAAGCCCUUUACACACAGAAAUUCUUUGUGGGUUGUUCGUAUCAUGAAACGGCAAAGAAAAAUGAAAAGAAUAUAUGUUGUUUGGAUUGCUGCGCCAGUAUUUGCCCUCAUUGUAUCCCAUCUCAUCGCUUUCAUAGGCUUCUUCAGGUUCGUCGUUAUGUUUAUCAUGAAGUUGUCCGAUUGGAUGAUCUCCAGAAGCUCAUCGACUGCUCUAGUGUUCAGGCAUAUACUAUUAAUAGUGCCAAAGUGGUGUUCAUCAAGAAGAGACCUCAAAACAGACAAUUCAAAGGAGCAGGAAACUAUUGCACUUCCUGUGACAGAAGCCUUCAAGAACCCUAUAUUCAUUGCUCUCUAGGCUGCAAGGUGGACUUCGUGCUGAAACAUUACAAAGACCUGAGUCCAUAUUUAAGAAGAUGCAAUAAAUUAACACUAAGUCCAGACUUCUUGAUUCCACAAGAGAUAGGAGAAGAAGAAACACAGUCAACAAUAGUGGACAGUGAAGAGAGAAUGAGUUGGUCGUCGGGAUCAUCAGGAUCGGAGAAUAAUAUGAGAGUGGGAUGCAAUCAAAAUCAGAUGAUAGUGAGAAAGAAGAGAAGUAGUAGUAAUUACAAGGUGGUGGGUAAUUUUGAUAAUGAAGACAUGGCUACAAGCAUGAUAAGUAGAAGAAAAGGCAUUCCUCAUAGAUCUCCUCUGUGUUAAGAAAUGAAUAAAAUCUUAAUGAGAGUUUAAUUUCUGUC